CCCCGCCGCGAAACCGAGGCCACUGCAGGCGGCGGCAGCCCAAGCAGGACGCGGCCCGGUGGCGCGGCGGGACAUGCGGUGCCCGUCAUAAGCUUCAGGAAGCUGCCUCUGGAGGAGCCCAGCAGAGGAGCGGGCAAACAUGAAGUCCAACCCCGCCAUCCAGGCCACCAUCGACCUCACGGCAGGCGCCGCAGGGGGCACCGCGUGCGUGCUGACCGGACAGCCCUUCGACACCAUGAAGGUGAAGAUGCAGACGUUCCCCGACCUGUACCGGGGCCUCACUGACUGCUGCCUGAAGACCUACUCGCAGGUGGGCUUCCGGGGCUUCUACAAGGGGACCAGUCCUGCGCUCAUCGCCAACAUCGCCGAGAACUCCGUCCUCUUCAUGUGCUACGGCUUCUGCCAGCAGGUGGUGCGGAAGGUGGUGGGCCUGGACAAGCAGGCGAAGCUCAGCGACCUGCAGAACGCAGCGGCCGGGUCCCUCGCCUCCGCGUUCGCGGCGCUGGCGCUCUGCCCCACCGAGCUCGUGAAGUGCCGGCUGCAGACCAUGUUCGAGAUGGAGGCGUCGGGGAAGAUCGCCAAGAGCCAGAACACAGUCUGGUCUGUCGUGAAGACCAUCCUCAGAACCGAUGGCCCCUUGGGCUUCUACCAUGGACUCUCAAGCACUUUACUCCGAGAAGUACCAGGCUAUUUCUUCUUUUUCGGCGGCUAUGAACUGAGUCGAUCGUUUUUUGCAUCAGGGAGAUCCAAAGAUGAGCUAGGCCCUGUCCCUCUGAUGCUGAGCGGUGGAGUUGGUGGCAUUUCGCUCUGGCUUGCUGUUUACCCGGUGGAUUGUAUUAAGUCUCGAAUUCAAGUUCUUUCCAUGUCUGGGAAACAGGCAGGAUUUAUUGGGACCUGCAUAAGCAUCGUGAGAAAUGAAGGAAUACUGGCCCUGUAUUCCGGACUGAAGCCAACCAUGAUCCGAGCGUUCCCUGCCAAUGGGGCGCUCUUCUUGGCCUAUGAGUACAGCAGGAAGCUGAUGAUGAGCCAGUUCGAGGCCGACUGAAGCGUCCUGGCGAGCCUGCGCCCCGGUCCGAGGACCUGCGGACUGUAGUUCACCUCAGGGUUUCCUGGAGUACAAGACCAAUGUGCAAUUAUUUUGAUUUAAAAGCAUUUUGUCGUUGUCUUCCAUUCCUCUACCCUCAAUCUUCAACUUUACGGAAGGACCUCUAUUGUACGUAGUUUAAUUUCUGCCCAUAAUUGUCCUGAAAUAGAAAAGUUGCUGCUCUUGUCCGUGGUGGGACCUACAGGGCGAGCCCCCGGUGCCUGUACCUGACGUGAAAAGAUGAAUAUCGUUAUAACAUCAGGGAUUUUGCACAACUGCACACACACACACAGCCUGGACACGGUGCGCUGUGAAUGAGUCACAGUUUUGUUCCAUGUUUAAUCUCAGAUCACACCAGAAAAACACAGAGGUAGCCAUAGUGCGUGAAGCAUUCAUCAGCGACUGCGUAUUCUAGAUGUGGGGUCGCUCUCCAAAUCUGUUUAACACACCAAGUGGUUAAAGUUUUGAAAAGGCUUCCCAUGGUGCUUGAAAACCAAAAUAUCUAGCUAGGUUUUAAAGAGAUGAAUGUACCUGUGUACCGAUGCGGCUUCCGUGUUUCCGAUUCAAGUUUCAGAGUAGACGCCCUGGAUUUCCCCAGGAUGUCCUGCUGUUAAAACUGUGCCAUUCACUUUCUGGAUGGGGUCCCCUUCUCCCCUCCGACACACCGUCGGCUGUGGCUUGAGUGUUGGGCCUGGGGGCUGGGGGCCGUGCUGCUCUGCUUUGCAAAGACCUUGUGGCUGACACCAGCCCUUAACUUCUGUCUCGGGGUCCUGGGCUGGGUAAGAUUCCAGAGUAUUCUGUUGGGCCACUCACUCAUUGUCUCCACCAAUUGGAAACCCAUCCAGGGAGUUGAGAGCCAAAGCCAUGAGAGGUCCUUGUCCCCUCUCUGGUGUUGGAAUGGCAGUGCUUGCGGAUGGAGGCCUCUCCUCAGAGCCAAACAGUGUGUGCACACACGCACGCCCCGGUGAGGGACGUCAGGGCUGGCCGUUCUCAAGUUUCCCUUGGGGUCCAUCCCUCCUCCCUCAUGGUUCCCACAGUGUGGGCGCCGCUGGUGUUUGGUGCUGGCUGUCAGUGAACGGUAAUGAUGGCUCCAGAUGCGGGGUGGCUUCAUAAAACAAUGAAACAAAAGCGAUUCUGACUAAGCUAUUAUGCCACAUGUGUGGACUAACGACCACCCUCGUUCCACUGACACCCAUGGACUUGGGGAUGGGCCGCUGUUCCUGGGCCAUCAGAACGGUGCUUCGUCUGAACGGGCCAGAAACAAGGCGAAGCAGGAAACAGGGCCGCCUUCCAGCAGGAAGCAAGCGGCAUCGGGGCCACGGCCGCCUGCCUGGCGCCUGCCGGCCAUCUCAGCCCUGGCAGCUGGCUUCGCGUGUCUACCUCUGAAGGGUUAACUAGGUGUCUUCACCAGAGGCCGCGGGGGCAGGGAGGAGUGGGAGCAAGGCCAGGGGGUCAGGAUCUUUUUGUCAUUCUGUGUAACUCAUGGUUCAGUGUUUCCGUAUAAUUCGUAUCAUUUCAGAUCUGUGUUCCAGACAAAAAUAGAGUAACUUGAAAUACUGUGUGUAGAGAAAUUCUGGCGUUCUCUAUCAUUAAAUUAUUUGCCUAAUGUUUGAGUACAUGAAGA